UUUCAGGAUACUACCAUGAUGAAGAACAAAAGUAAAAAACAACUAGAUGAAGGAUCGACCCAAAGCAAUGCAUCAAGCAAUUCGGCCUCGGAGGAGUCCAACCGCUCUGCGUCGGAGUCGGCCAGUCAGUCAGAGAGUGACCAUGGCAACCAGAGGAGGAGAUCGCACAACUCCGAGUCCAACAGCUCCUCCGACUCGGAGUGUCACUCGGGGUCAGAGAGCGAGUCGGCAGAGUCUAAAGCCCGGCGAGCCACGGCCGAAGUGAAAGACAAGCCCGUUAGAAAGAAGGAGCGGCUGGCCGAUGUGAAGAAGAUGUGGGACGAACAUCCAGAUGUAUAUGGAGUCAGGAGGUCAAAUCGCAGUAGGCAGGAGCCGGCUCGCUUAAACAUAGGAGCAGGGGGGAGCAGUGACUCUGAGAUCGAAAGUCCCAAGAGAAAAACCUCCCGCACAGAGAAAAAAGAAAAUGUCUGGGACUCAAAUGAUGAUGAAGACGAGGAGGAGGAGGCUUCCAACAGUGCAGACAGUGAGCAGGAAGAGAAAAAAGUUCGAUCCAGACGACUUCCUGCUAGAAGACCUCAGGCCAAGUCAUCAACCACCAAAAAGCAGCUGUCUCAAAAAAGCAGGAAGUCCAGGAAACAAGACCUGUCCGCAGACGAGGACGAUGACGAGGACGACGAUGAAGAGGACGAGGACGACGAUGACGAAGACACUCCGAAGAGACUGACUCGGAAAAGGGGCGCAACAAAAGUUAAAAGUUACAAAGAGGACCAACACGACUUUGAGACGGACUCUGAUGACCUGAUCGAGAUGACGGGCGAUGCGGGCGAGGAGCAGCAGGAUAAUGACAGUGAGACCAUUGAGAAGGUUAUGGACACCAGGAUAGGCAAAAAAGGAGCCACUGGGGCUUCCACCACCGGGUAUGCUGUGCAGGAAAACGGCGACCCCAAUGAAGGCUUCGACCCCGAGAAAGAUGAAGGGGAGACUCAGUAUCUAAUCAAGUGGAAGGACUGGUCCUACAUCCACAACACGUGGGAGAGCAUGGACUCUUUGCUGCAGCAGAAAGUCAAGGGACUGAAGAAAAUGGACAACUACAAAAGGAAACAAGAGGAACUCAAUUCAUGGUUGAACUGGGUGUCCCCCGAGGACAUAGAAUUUCAUAACUGCCAACAAGAGCUCAUAUCCGACUUGAACAAGCAGUUUCAGAAUGUGGAGCGAAUUAUCGCAACAAAAACAGGAAAGACACCAGGAUCCUCUGACUUUCCUUCUCACAGUCACAAGAUUCCACCUUCCAAUGAGCCAGAGUAUCUCUGCAAGUGGAUGGGCUUGCCCUAUUCCGAGUGCAGCUGGGAGGAUGGAGCGUUGGUUGGAAGGAAGUUUCAGCACUGCAUCGAUAGCUUCAUCAACCGAAACUCCAGUAAAUGCGUCCCCUCCAAAGACUGCAAGGUGUUAAAGCAAAGACCAAGGUUCUCUCCUCUGAAGAAACAACCGUCGUAUAUCGGAGACGAUAACCUUCAACUGAGAGAUUAUCAGUUGGAUGGGUUGAACUGGUUGGCCCACUCCUGGUGCAGGUGCAAUAGCGUCAUCCUCGCUGAUGAGAUGGGGCUUGGAAAGACCAUCCAGACCAUCUCCUUCCUGUCGUACCUGUUUCACCAGCAUCAGCUGUACGGACCCUUCUUGGUGGUGGUGCCUCUGUCCACGCUCAGCUCUUGGCAGAGGGAGUUUGAGACCUGGGCGCCUCAGAUGAACGUGGUGGUCUACCUCGGCGAUGUCAUGAGCAGGAAGUCGAUCCGCGACUACGAGUGGGUAAACCAUCAGACCAAGAGAAUCCGCUUCAACGCGCUGUUAACCACUUAUGAAAUUCUACUUAAAGACAAGGGGGUGCUCGGGAACAUAAACUGGGCGUUUCUGGGCGUGGAUGAAGCUCACAGGCUGAAGAACGACGACUCCCUGCUGUACAAAACACUAAUGGAGUUCAGGUCCAACCACAGGCUCCUCAUAACCGGCACCCCUCUGCAGAACUCCCUCAAAGAGCUCUGGUCACUGUUGCACUUCCUCAUGCCUGACAAGUUUGACUCCUGGGAGGACUUUGACGACGUACACGGGAAAGGGAGUGAUAACGGUUAUCAGAGUCUCCACAAAGUCCUUGAGCCUUUCCUUCUGCGGCGCGUUAAGAAAGACGUGGAGAAAUCUCUCCCCGCCAAAGUAGAGCAGAUCCUCCGUGUGGACAUGACAGCACAGCAGAAGCAAUUCUACAAGUGGAUUUUAACGAGGAAUUAUAGAGCUCUUUUCAAAGGCACCCGAGGCAGCUCUUCUGGCUUCCUGAACAUAGUUAUGGAGCUUAAAAAGUGCUGCAACCACAGUUUCCUCAUUAAACAGCCCGAGGAGGGAGACAGCGAAACGCAACAGGAACACCUGAAGAGUGUGGUGCGAGGCAGUGGGAAGCUGGUGCUGCUGGACAAGCUGCUGACCAGACUCCGAGAAAGAGGCAACCGAGUCCUGAUCUUCUCCCAGAUGGUCAGGAUGUUGGACAUUCUUGCUGAAUACCUCGCCAAAAAUCGCUACCCAUUCCAGCGGCUGGACGGUUCCAUAAAGGGAGAAAUACGAAAGCAAGCGCUUGACCACUUCAAUGCUGAAGGCUCAGAAGACUUCUGCUUCCUGUUGUCCACCAGAGCUGGAGGCUUAGGAAUCAACUUGGCCUCAGCAGACACCGUUGUCAUCUUUGACUCAGACUGGAACCCUCAGAAUGACCUACAGGCACAAGCGAGGGCUCACAGGAUCGGCCAGAAGAAACAGGUGAAUAUUUAUCGACUGGUCACCAAAGGCACGGUGGAGGAGGACAUCAUUGAGAGGGCAAAGAAGAAGAUGGUUUUGGACCAUCUGGUCAUCCAGAGAAUGGACACCACUGGUCGAACUGUACUCGACAGCAACUCAGGAAACACAAAUUCAAACCCAUUCAAUAAGGAGGAACUGACCGCCAUCCUCAAGUUUGGUGCAGAGGAGCUUUAAGAGGCAGAAGGAGAGGAGUCUGAACCACAGGAGAUGGAUAUUGAAGAGAUCCUGAGGUUGGCUGAAACGAGGGAAAGUGACCAAGGCUCAAGUGCUACGGAUGAACUUCUCUCCCAGUUUAAGGUAGCCAAUUUCUCCAGCAUGGAAGAGAGCGCUCCAGAGUUUGUGGACAAGUCCAUACGGGAGUGGGAUGAUAUCAUCCCCGAAGAGCAGCGGCGCAAAGUUGAGGAGGAGGAGAAGCAGCGGGAGAUGGACGACAUCUUCAUGCUGCCCAGGAGCCGAAGCUCUAACAAGAGGGCCCAGGCAAAUGAUAGUGACAGUGACGUGGGCUCCAAGCUGAAGAACCGCUCCUCGGGCUCCGAAAGUGAGACCGAUGAUAGUGAUGACGACAAGAAGCCGAAGAAGAGAGGCAGACCGAGAGCCCGCAAGAACAACGUGGAGGGUUUCACCGAUGCAGAGAUCCGCAGGUUCAUAAAGGCAUACAAGAAAUUUGGAUCUCCGCUUGAAAGGUUGGAGGCCAUUGCCCGAGAUUCCGAGCUGGUGGACAAAUCCAUCGCUGACCUGAAGAGACUUGGUGAGCUGAUUCAUACUAGUUGUGUGACUGCAGUGCAGGAGCACGAGGAGCACCUCAAAGAGAACCCAGUCGAAGCUAAAGGUCCGGGGAAGCGGCGAGGAAUUAACAUCAAGAUCUCGGGAGUGCAGGUCAAUGCCAAGUCCAUCGUCCAGCACAAGGAAGAGUUUGAGCCCCUGCACAAAGCAGUGCCCUCCAAUCCGUCUGAGAGAAAUAAGUUCAAUCUAGCAUGCAGAGUCAAGGUGGCCCAUUUUGACGUAGACUGGGAGCUGCAGGAUGACAUCCAGCUGUUGCUCGGUAUCUAUGAGCACGGCUUUGGCAACUGGGAUCUGAUCAAGACUGAUUCUGACCUUAAACUCGCUGACAAGAUUCUCCCGGACGACCCGUGCAAGAAGCCUCAGGCCAAGCAGCUGCAGGCGAGAGCCGAGUAUCUUCUCAAGAUGUUGAAAAAAGAGCAGGACGCCACGGACCUGUCUAAAACAGGGGAGGAAGUCAAAGUGAGGAAGAGGAAGCCUCGGGUGAAAAAGGACAACAACAUUCUCAAGGACGAGCAAGGCAACGACGUCUCCUCCCCCCGCCUGUCCCACAACCCGUCAGAAGAGGGCGAGGUCAAGGAUGAUGGAACAGAGAAAUCCCCCGCCAAGAAACGACAAAAGAAAAAGGACAACAAAGAGAACAAAGAAAAACAGGGAACUCCUAAAAAGGAAAAGGAGAGGGACAAAGACAAAAAUGGAGCCAAGCCCAGGAAAGAAAAGGUAUUCGUGCCCUCGUCAUGUGGGGGGUCUCAGAUUUACUUUGACAUGCGGAUGUAAUAGUGUUUUUAAUGC